AUGUCCAUCAAGCAGAAAUUAGGCGAAAGCUUGCGGUCUUACAUCGACCGCUUCAAAAAAGAAGAGCUCGAGGUCACGGACCUCAACUCCAUGGUCUCAAUGCAUGCCGCCAUCAACGGGCUCCAAGUUGCCUCCGCCCUCAAGUGUUCGGAUGCCAAGACCCCAUCAAAGACAAAGCUGGAGUUCCUCAAAAAGGCCCAAAAGUACAUUGCAACUGAAGAGGCUUUAGCCGAGGACCACCAGGAGGAGGCUGAGCAUAGUGGUAGGCCCUCAGGGAAGAAAAGGAAGAAUGAAGACCACCGAGGUGAUGGCGGCAAAGAUAAUAGGAAGCCAUCAGCCCUGGCAAUGGCUUAUAGCCAAUAUACGCCACUCAAUUCCUCCCGGACCCAAAUCCUGAUGCCGAUAGGCGAGGAGAAGUUCGUGAAGUGGCCAGAGAAGAUGAAGGGGAACCCCAAGAGGGAGAACCCUAAAAAGUACUACAAGUUUCACCGUGGCGUCGACCACGACAACGAGGAUUGCUAUGAGUUGAAUAACAAAAUAGAGUCCCUCAUCUUCCACGGGCAUUUGAAGCAGUUCGUCGGAGGCGAAGCCGGUGCUUCAUCCUCCCAGUAG